CCACUAUCCACGGCCGCCAUGAGUACUUCCAUUCCGGAGUAUGAUUUGAUUUCUAGAGAGAGAAGCGCUUUCUUCUAGAGAGAGAAAGCAUGGACCCGCAUAGCUUCAUAGCUCGGGCGGAGGCGCAACGGUGGCUYGGUAUCGCCGAGAAGYUGCUCAUGRGMCACGACCUUGUSGGCUCCAAGACAUUUGCGAUCCGAGCUAGAGAUUCCGACCCCAGACUUGAAGCUGCUGACCAGAUCCUAGCAAUUGCAGAUACGCUCCUCGCCGCCGAGAAACGGGUCGUGGGAAACAACGGAGCUCAGCAGCCGGAUUUCUACGCGAUCCUCCAGCUCGUCCGGUUUGUUCAGGACACGGAGCACAUCGCAUCGCAGUACCGGCGUUUGGCUGUCAUGCUAAACCCUCAUCAAAACAGGUUCCCUUAUUCCGAUCAAGCAUUUCAGCUAGUCAAUGAUGCUUGGGCAGUGUUGUCGAACCCUUUGCGUAAAUCUAUGUAUGAUUCGGAGCUUGAUUUUCCGCCGCAGCAGCAGAUGAACUCUAUAGGGUUUAACCUCGAACAACAACAGCACCACCACCACCAGCAGCAUCACCAUCAGCAGCAGCAGCAACACAAUUUCUUCUCGAUUAAUCAUAUGGGUUCCGGUCAUGAGCAGGAAUUACCCGAACCACCGCAGACAUUUCAAUCUAGGGUACAGCAUAGUCAUCAACAGCAGCAAUUACAACAACACAAUUUUCUAUCACAACCGAAUCCGGUUAGGCCGCUACCUGUUCGUGAGCAGGAGCAACUGUUUCAACAUCGUGAGCAGGAGCAACUGUUCCAGCCGCAGGUACAACCAUUUCAGGUUACGUCUGCACCACAGCAACAAACUCGACCAUCAGCACAACCUCCACAGCCGCAGCUACCUAUGCGACAGCCGACUCCUCCACCACAACCUCCUCAACCGCAGCCAUCUAUACAAUCACCGACUCCACCUCCUCCUGCAGCACCACCACAACCCCCAUUUUCUUGGCCGCAAGCACCACCCCUGUCACAGUCUCAGCAGUCACAGCCACAGCCACAGCCACAGACACAGCCACAACAACAGCAUUUGCAGCCCCAGCCCCUUUCCCAGCCCAAGCCCCAGCCCCUUUCCCAACCCAAGCCCCAACCCCAGCCCCAACCACAACCCCAACCCCAGCCCCAGUCCCAUUCCCAACCUAAGCCUCAGCCCCAAUCCCAACCUCAGUCCCAACCCCAAACUCAUUCCCAGCCCCAGCCCCAGCCCCAGCCCCAGUCCCAGUCACAGCCACAGCUGCAGCAGGAACAAGAGCAACAAGAAUCUCUAGAACAGAAUGCGGCCCCUGUCCAGCUUCCUAGUGAGGAUAAUGAUAACAAUGGUGUAAGGGAUGAAGAAGUAGAAAGAGAAGCUGAGGCAGCUGCUGAGGACGUUGAUGAUGGCUCUCCUACGUUUUGGACUACUUGUCCUUACUGUUUCUACAUGUACGAGUAUCCCAAGGUUUAUGCUGACUGCACCCUCCGCUGUGACAACUGUAAAAGGGCGUUUCAGGCUGUGCGUAUUCCCUCCCCGCCACCUAUAAUUGAAGGCCAGGAGGCCUAUUUCUCUUGCUGGGGAUUCUUCCCAUUAGGGGUUUCCAUGUCACAUCUAGAGAAAAACAAUGGUAGGGGUACGAGCUCAAAGUGGACACCUUUUUCAUCUCUUUAUGAGACCUCAAGUAAUGUUCAGGACCAUUUAAAUGGUAGAGCGGCCCCGAAGGAGAAUCUUUUUGUUAAAAAAAGUUCGGGGCCGCGUAUCUACUUUGAUGAUAUUACUGAUGAUGUGUUCAUGGGAAUCUCUGAACCUAGUGAUGAUUCUGAUGCUGAUUGGGAUAGUACCAGGGAAGAGAAGGUGAAGAGGAUGAAGAAAGCUCUGGAACCAGGUUUUAAAAUGAGAGCACAAGUUCUAGCUGUUAGGGCGAGGGAUGCCAGAAAUGGGAGUGUUGGGAAUCUGGAAGAUGCUAUUCCAGUGCAAGAGGUUGUGGGGGUGGCUACUGUGCCAGUGGCAGAGAGUAGCAAGAAAGCUGUGGGUAAUAAUCCAAGAAGGCAAUCAGGUUGGGUUGCAAAAGAAUUGGGGAAGUUGGAUUUGAAUGUGGAAUUCAAUAAUAACGAAGGGGAAGAACCUGCUCCACGGAUGACUGUUGGAAAUAGAGGGCAUGGGCAGGGAGAGGAAGACAACAUUGAAGGGAUUGGGUUCUUUGAAGGACUUGAUGAGUUUCUUAGCAGCUUGCCAAUACUAUCUGUUGUGAAUGAAGAAAAGGUUAAGGCUGCUUAAUGAUGUAGUAAGACUCCUUUCUUGUUGUAGCUGUAGUUUGUAGUCGUUCUCUUAGUAUCCUCAAAUAAUGAACGAUGUAGUGCAGUCGGGUAGUUGUUUUAUUGUCAUUGCUACAGUCAAGUUGUGUUGUAUAUCUGGCUGCAAAAACGUGUUUUACAGUCUCUUAUUUUGCAGCCUCUUUGCUGUUUUAACGGAGUCAGGAAUCCUAUCUUUUCAUUAGCUUUACCUGCUUCAUUUAUGUAAACAUCCAACUAUCAUAUGAAGUUGGAUGCAGAAGUUGAAGCGACUUUUGUGGUCCAAAUCUAUUGCUGGUGAUUGUGUCAUCUGUUAUUUCUUGGAAGUUGGAGCGGCUUUUGAGUUUAACCU